AUGACCACCUCUUUGGUCCUAAACCCACGCUGGUCGGCGGAAACGGUAAUGUUCGUUUAUGACAAUAAUUUGGACGAGUUAAGCAAAAACAUGCAUGGCAGCGGGAGCUUCGCCUCCGCAACUGCAGUUAAUCAGUGCCGCAGUAUCAUGGCUCAUUCGGCGGCCGCAGCAGCUCUCGGCGGCCAUCCCUCAGGCUUAGUGCAUUCUUCGGCAGGCUAUACCUCCAUGGAUGUGUCGGUGUCCGGCCCCAAUGAUAGCUCUGCGCCCGUGGUGAAGACGUGCGUGCAGGCGGCACCGUGUUCAGCGGCGAGCGUGGCCCACCAGAGCACCUCUGCUAUACCUUACAGCUACUUUGGGAACGGCUACUACCCGUGUAGAAUGGGGCGUGGUCCUGUCAAGUCGUGCACGCAGGCUCCCGGAGCCGCGCUCAGCUCUCAAUACAUGGACACCACGGUGAGCUCCGAUGAAUACGCCAAUCACAGGCCGAAGGAGUUCGCAUUUUACCACGGCUACCCGAGUCCAUACCAGUCUAUGGCGAGCUACCUGGAUGUGUCAGUUGUCCAAACGCUUGGUUCUGGCGAGCCGCGCCACGAUACAUUCCUCCCCAUGGACAACUACCAGCCGUGGGCGCACAUCAACGGUUGGGGGCCAGGGCAGAUGUACUGCUCCAAAGACCAAGGACAGGGCCAUCUGUGGAAGUCCGCUUUAGCUGAUGUGGUGGCCCACCAACAAGAAUGUUCCCCCUUUCGCCGAGGCAGGAAGAAGCGGAUUCCUUACACAAAGGUGCAGCUAAAGGAGCUGGAAAAGGAAUACGCCGCCAGCAAAUUCAUCACCAAGGACAAGCGAAGGAGGAUUUCCGCUGCGACCAAUCUCUCGGAGCGGCAGAUCACUAUAUGGUUCCAAAACAGGAGAGUCAAGGAAAAAAAGUUUGUGACUAAAGUGAAAAACAGCACGCCUUAA